CAUUGCUUGGGGCGUUGGGGGCCGCGGGCCGUGCCGGGCGGCGCGGAGGACAGGACUUGACGUUCCUCCGCUCUGUUUAGCUGCGGUGGCCGCUUUAGACCCGCUCCUUCUCACGCUCAGUGAACAGCAAAGGCUUGAAGGAUGGCCUCAGAUCUGGAGCAGUUAUGCUCUCAUGUUAAUGAAAAGAUUGGCAAUAUUAAGAAAACUCUGUCAUUAAGAAACUGUGGUCAAGAACCUACUUUGAAGACUAUAUUAAAUAAAAUAGGAGAUGAGAUCAUUGUAGUAAAUGAACUUCUAAAUAAAUUGGAAUUGGAAAUUCAGUAUCAAGAACAAACCAACAUUUCACUCAAGGAACUCUGUGAGUCUCUUGAAGAAGAUUACAAAGAUGUGAAACAUCUGGAAGAAAAUAUUCCCUCCCAUUUGCCUCCAGUAACAGUAACCCAAAGCUUUGAGAAGGUGUCAGAUGCUGACUCUGAAGAACCACUCAAAGUUGAGGAACCUGCACCCAUAAAGAAGCCCCCAAAAGAACAAAGAAGUAUUAAAGAAAUGCCGUUUAUAACUUGUGAUGAGUUUAAUGGUAUUCCUGCGUACAUGAAAUCCCGUUUAACCUAUUGUAAAAUUAAUGAAGUUAUUAAAGAAAUCAACAAGGCAGUAAUUAGUAAAUAUAAGAUUGUACAUCAACCAAAAAAGUCUAUGAAUUCUGUGGCCAGAAAUCUCUAUCAUAGAUUUAUGGAUGAAGAAACGAAAGAUACCAAAGGUCAUUAUUUUAUAGUGGAAGCUGACAUAAAGGAGUUCACGACUUUGAAAGUAGACAAGAAGUUUCAUGUGUUUCUGAAUAUCUUACGACACUGCCGGAGGCUGUCAGAGGUCCGAGGGGGAGGACUUACCCGUUAUGUUAUAACCUGAGCCCCUGGUGAGCUUUUGAACAGACCAACAGUAGGGUAUAGAGGCUAUUCCUAAAGUUUUCUUAUAUACAAUUUCUUUAGCUUUUUCAUUUUCUGUUUUUGUUUCUUUUUUGAAUAAAGCUUAUAUAUUUUCAAGAUUCACUUCCUUUCAGCAAAUAUUAGUCACCUGCCAUAUAAGCCUCUGUACUAGGCAUAUAAACAAACUAAAAAAUGCUCAUAUCUAGUUUUUGUGUUUAGUGGACAGUGCUACAGACCCCAUAAGAUGGGUACAGACGUGACACUGGAAGGAAAAGGUCAAGAAGAUACAGUCAAGGAUACAUAGGCCCUUUGGAAUUAAAGGUCACUAGGGUCUAGAUUCCAUAGAUGGCAUUUCAGUGUAUAAGGCAUGGUAGAUUAUUAGCUCAGUCUCCAGCUGCUCUCCUAUCUGUGUCAUCAUAGCAAGUUAUCAAACCUGAGGAGGGGGUUGUGGGAAUCCCCGUUUGCAGCCAAGUUGGACAGAAGUGUGGGUAACCUGGGUAUGCACUAGUUGUGAUUGGUGUGUGAAGUAGCAUGCAGCCUUGUGAGACUGAGCCCUUCAUCUGUGGGGUCUGCACUACCUCCAGGUAGUUAGUGUCAUAAUUUUGUAGGCUACCCAGCUGGCGUCCAGAGAGUUGGAGAAUUGGUUGGUAUGGGGUAUAAACCUCACACGUUUAGUGUCAGGAGUAGUAUGUGAAUAUCGGUAUAGAAGAAAACAGAGCUUUUGCUUUUCAGAUAAAAAAGAUGAUGCAGUAACAUGUGAGGGCAGGUUGAUAGUAGUCAUGAAACAUGGGUUAUUGGAUUGUAAAACCUUAGCCAUGUUUCUCUUCUGCAACUGGGGAAACUGCUCUACCUAUGUCUGUGCCAUCUGCUUGGCAUGCUUGUCCCUGUAGCAGAGAAUGAAAGCGUCUCACCAGACUUUGUGGCCUGGUUAACACCCUCACUGUAAGGACCACAGGGUACCUUACAGGCACUGCAUAUUUACUGUUAUCCUUUUUUCUCAAUUUAAAUGCAGGGGUGUUUAAUUUUUUAUGCCUCAAAUUAAAAUAAUGGCAUUAUCUUUUAUUUUGU